AGCAUUAUUCCGAAUGGCAUCAGCAUCAUCAAGUAGAUGCCUCCGUUGCCUGCAGACUGCAGACCAGGACUAUAUUGACAGAGACCCUCAUAGGGCUCCAUUGAUGUCCCCAAGAGAGAGGGUCACAUUGAAUCCAUGCGAGAAGUUCCGACGUCACGGCUUAUGGCCGUGGAGACUCACCGUUCACGUCUGUUUGGCUCUAUUAACAACGGCCAUGGUGUGCAUUUGGACCGAGAAUGACUGUCUACACGCUCGCCAUGCUCUACGGCAUUUCUAUACAGGAUUCAUUGGAGUAUCUGGCAACCCAGGAGAGCGGGAAAGAUAUGCAUCGUCUCCAUCAGAACUUGCAAGCAUCUGCAAUAACACAUUGGAACAUUACUGGCAUAUAGAUAGGAAGAGCCUUUCAGACUUCAGGCACCUCUCCCAGCCCCCGGUACUUCAUAUACUCUGGCUCAAUGGUGACCAGCAGAGGAUGGUCCUCGACGAUGCUUGGGAGGAGGACCCUGCUUAUGGACACUUCAUCAACUCUGUUGAUAGACUGAAGAGAAUACGUGACAUGCACUUUGUCAUACACAUUUUGGAUCCCUUCCCUGGCUCUUGGUGGUGGCAAUGCUUAUCCUGGAACAUACGAGUCCAUUUUGAUUACGGUGGCAGCGGUCAGAUUAAGAGUCGGCUUAGUUUCGACCUCACUGAGUGUUCGGACGGUGAGCUCCGGGCUCUUUUCCUAGAGGAUCCACACCUGGCAGAAGAGAGAUAUACCCAUCCUGCCUUGUAUCUUCUGCCAUUCUUUUGCUUGCCUCUCACGUUACUCUCGGCGGCCCUUACCAUUCGGUCCCAUGCACUUCGUCGAGGGGGUGGCUCUUUGAGGUCCACUGGUGACUCGAACGACAUUCUAUUACGUGAAUUGGCGGUCGGUUGGCUUGACCCGUGGUUGAUAUUCGUAUUGCUUGCUAAUGCAGUCCAGACCCUUGCUGCAUUACAGUGUAUUCAGAAAGCUGAUAAGACGGCAGAUGUCUAUUGGAGGCUGUCUCUUCUAGGCGUUGGUGCUGGUAUGGCAUGGCUCACCCUUCUGCGUUACCUCAAGUUCUUCCCUACUUACUAUGUCCUCAUUCGGACACUGGCUCGAGCGUUCCCUCGUCUACUGAGAUUCCUCUCUGGCCUGGUGCCUUUGCUAUUGGCAUACGCACUGUGUGGAACUUGUGUAUUCUGGCCCAGCAGCAACUUCGCCUCUUUAUCCGACGCUCUCAUGGGGAUGUUUUCCCUUCUCAAUGGUGAUAUCAUCCACGACAUGUUCAUGGAUAUGACUUCUAUUUCGUGGUUCUGGGGGCAAGUCUAUUGCUACACGUUCCUCUGCCUCUUCAUCUACGUCGUAUUGAAUAUAUUCCUAGCGAUCGUUGAUGAGGCAUUCUGUACGGCAAAGCGUUUCGAGGAGCUUCACCUACGACCUUCUGAAAGCUCGAGUACAGCGGGAUCAUCGACCAGCAUACGUAAUGUUGAUGAUACAGGUGGGAUAAAAUGCUCAUGGCGAACAUUGUUGAGAGAAUGAUUCCUCAUUGCCCAGGUCGUGAACAGUGCGAUGAUAGUGAGCUGCUGAUGAGAUCUGAGGUGUCUGCCUAAUCUCCUAUGUUGACUUUUUAUACAUUCUUAUACGUAUAAUGUAAUUAAUACUUUAAUCAC